AUGAAAAAUAUUGAGAACGAAUGGAAUUUGUGGUCCAAGAGUAAGCUCCCUUGCAGAUGCCCUUCCUCCAUUUUCUGUGCAAACAUGUCUCUUUGUCGGCAGUUUUUAAGAGGACCUCGACUGCUUUCUCAGUGUCAGAGGCUUUCAGUAUUAUCUCAGCAAAAAUGUAACGAAAGCACAGAUCCAGACAGCAUGUCAUUCACGUUUGCGUCCCCAGGAAAAGUAUAUUACAAUGCUGAGGUUGUGAAGCAAGUGGACGUACCAACACUGAGUGGUGUAUUUGGUAUUCUAGCGAGACAUGUGCCCACAAUAGCAGCUCUAAAACCAGGAAUUGUAUCUGUCUUUGAACAAGAUGGUGUCGCUCCGAAGAAAAUAUUUGUUUCCAGUGGCACAGUUACAGUAAACAAUGAUUCAUCUGUACAAAUUUUAGCAGAGGAGGCCCAUCCAUUGGAAAGCUUCGAGGCAAAGGAAGUGCAGCACAAUCUUCAGGAGGCCCAGAAUGCUGUGAACUCGGCAAAAACUGACCAGGAUAAAGCCGAGGCUCAGAUUGCCGUGGAAUGCCUAGAAGAACUUACUAAAGCCAUGGCCACUACUCAUUAAAAUCACAGAAACUUAGAUCUUCUCAUUUGUGUUAGAAACAGAUUUUACUUGUUGAAAGAAGAAUUUAAUGUUCUAGAGAUUACACAAGAGGGAAUUUAAAAAGUAUUAAAAAAGAUGUUUUCCCUAUGAAAGAGUGUAAAUUAUAUCAGGGCCAUGCAUUAUCUUUUAAAAUGCAUAUUCCUACCAUCAGGAAGUUUAUUGGUCGAAGUUUUGGAAUUUUUGUGUUGAAUGCUGUUAUUGUAAUCUACUAGAUUAAUAUUACAGUGAAUAAAUUAUAGACACACAA